CCUGCCCCGCCCCCAGGCGUGCGGCACCCCAACAUCAUCUGUGACUGCUGCAAGAAGCACGGGCUGCGGGGCAUGCGCUGGAAGUGCCGCGUCUGCGCCGACUACGACCUGUGCACGCAGUGCUACCUCAACAACAAGCACGACCUGGCGCACGCCUUCGAGCGCUACGAGACGGCCCAGGUCACACUCUCUUGCAGGGUCACACUGAGUCCCCGCCAGGGCCUCCCAAGGAUCCCUCUGAGGGGCAUCUUCCAGGGGGCCAAGGUGGUGCGGGGCCCCGACUGGGAGUGGGGCUCACAGGACGGAGGGGACGGGAAGCCAGGCCGAGUGGUGGACAUCCGUGGCUGGGACGUGGAGACGGGCCGGAGCGUGGCCAGCGUCACGUGGGCCGAUGGCACCACCAACGUGUACCGUGUGGGGCACAAGGGCAAGGUGGACCUCAAGUGUGUGGGCGAGGCGGCCGGCGGCUUCUACUACAAGGACCACCUCCCGAGGCUGGGCAAGCCCGCAGAGCUGCAGCGCCGGGUGAGUGCUGACGGCCAGCCCUUCCAGCCCGGGGACAAGGUCGCGUGUCUGCUGGACACAGACGUCCUGAGGGAGAUGCAGGAAGGCCAUGGCGGGUGGAACCCCAGGAUGGCGGAGUUCCUUGGACAGACGGGCACCGUGCACCGCAUCACGGACCGCGGGGACGUGCGCGUGCAGUUCAGCCACGAGACCCGCUGGACCUUCCACCCGGGGGCUCUCACCAAGCACAACUCCUUCUGGGUGGGCGACGUGGUGCGGGUCAUGGACGACCUGGACACGGUGAAGCGGCUGCAGGCUGGGCACGGCGAGUGGACAGAUGACAUGGCGCCUGCCCUGGGCCAAGUCGGGAAGGUGGUGAAGGUUUUCGGAGACGGGAACCUGCGUGUGGCGGUCGGCGGUCAGCUGUGGACCUUCAGCCCCUCUUGCCUGCUGGCCUAUCGGCCUGAAGAGGACGCCAACCUGGACGUGGCUGAGCGCGCCCGGGAGAACAAAAGCUCCCUGAGCGUCGUCCUGGACAAGCUUCGAGCCCAGAAGAGCGACCUGGAGCACCCCGGGCGGCUGGUGGUGGAGGCGGCCCUGGGCAGCGUGGCCCGGGCUCUGGACCUGCUGCGGAGACACCCCGAGCAGGUGGACAGCAAGAACCAGGGCAGGACGGCCCUGCAGGUGGCUGCCUACCUGGGCCAGGUGGAGCUGCUGCGUCUGCUGCUGCAGGCCCGGGCGGGCGUGGACCUGUCCGAUGACGAGGGCAACACGGCUCUGCACUACGCAGCCCUGGGGAACCAGCCCGAGGCGGCCCGCUUGCUCCUGGCUGCGGGGUGCCAGGCCAAUGCUCUGAACGGCACCCGGAGCACAGCACUGCACGUGGCCGUGCAGAGGGGCUUCCUGGAGGUGGUGAGGGCCCUGUGUGAGCUGGGCUGUGACGUCAACCUGCCAGACGCCCAGGCCAACACGCCCCUGCACUACGCCAUCUCCGCGGGCGCCGGCGCCAGUGGCAUCGUGGAGGUCCUCACGGAGGUGCCGGGCAUCGAUGUCACCGCCACCAACAGCCAGGGCUUCACCUUGCUGCACCACGCGUCCCUUAAGGGCCACACGCUGGCGGUCAGGAGGAUCCUGGCCUGGGCGCGGCAGCUGGUGGACGCCAGGAAGGAGGACGGCUUCACAGCCGUGCACCUGGCCGCCCUCAACAACCACCGGGAGGUGGCCCAGAUCCUCAUCCAAGAGGUGAGGACAGAGCCCCCGCUGCCCGGGGUGGGACUGGUGCUCCCCUGA